AUUUCUUGCCAGAGAAAGCUGAUACACCGCUGUACUGUAGACAAAAGUAAUUAAGUAGUAUCUGUAAGUAUUCAGCUGAGCAAUAAAUAAGUAUCCGCCUUUAAGCGUUCUCUGGACGGAACUGCUUGAAUUUUAUUUUACAGUCCGAAUUUUGUAUGCUUUGAGUUAUUUCUGCAGUUGACUGGAUAUGAACUCCAUUAAACUUGCUGAGAGCGGUUAUUGGAAACUUUUAAGCGAAGACAUCAUUUGUUGCAUACUAGAAGUCCUCGAAGAUAAAUUGCUCAUCAUGAAAUUACGAUCUGUUCAAUAUAUUUCGCUUUCUGUGCUCCUGAUGGCAUGUAUCGAUGGAGCUUUCUGCUACGACUAUUCAGGAUUCGAAGUACGCAUGGAGCACUACUGUGACCGGAUACUCUACUUAUCGUGUCCCGACAGCGACGAUGCUGCAGGGCGAGCGGGAAGAUUGCACUACUGGAUUAUUCCGUUGCAGAACUGCUCGGUCAGCGUGCAGACCGUCUGUACGGCACCGCAUGCCAUUUAUUUCAACAUACCACGCUCGGAUUUAGCCACGGAGGAUUCCCUGGAAGUUUAUGAGAACGGGGAGUUGGACAGCCAUGGCAGCCUUAUUAAGCGUAUUCCGGGCGGCUCCAGUCCGAGUAACCCUGAGCCCAAAUCAGUAGCACAACUCUUGACAUCUGUCAGCAACAAACAACGCCUUGCCUUCAACAUGUUCAUUAAACCGAAAACUUCGCACAACUACUCGCAUGAAGUGGUCAUCGAUUAUACCAUUGUGAAGGGUGCGGCAGGACCGAGGGAGACCUACUGCCGUGCCUUGAACGGUUACAUCCACAGUGACAUCAUCUGUGUGGACAGCAGCGAUGACCGACUGAACUGCCCGCGAGCAUAUGAUCACACCAUCGACAUCUCCAAUCGCGCUGACGGCCAGCAGACGUGUAAUAUUCAUUCGGUGGUUCCAGAAUCAGUCUCCUUACCUUUCCCGCAACUAAUCCCGGCCAGACUUCCAGCAGUAACAAGCUGCAUCCAGUGUUUAAGUUUGAUUACGGAACAGUGCGGUCUGCAUGGCUCGGCCGCUGGACAAGUGCAGCGCGAAGCUUGCAGCUCGGGAUACUGCUAUACAUAUGUUAAGGCCGGUUCCAUACCGCUCGUUAUGCGCGGCUGUGGCGGCGUCCUCUGCAGCUUGAUUCCGGGUGCGGGUGGUUCCACUGUCCCGUGUGACGAGCACGGUCGGUUGGUGCCGGUGAACACCAGUGCCGGCCGGGAGUUCAACCAGAUGCGAUUCUUCUAUUCGUCCGAGCAGGCAUCGCAGAGCGGCUCGGUGCAGUACUGCAACAACGGACCAAACUGCAAUUCCGGACCCGUUCCCGGUUAAACGCAAAAAAAUAGUACAAUAAUACUGCUUUUAUUGCGUGGCGCGCACUCGGAAAUUUGUUUCAGGGGCAAAAGUGUUUACAGACGUAGUUUAAUAUAUGAGUACGUCAGGAAAAUUAUGCUUAUAAAACUGAAAAGCAAUGGCAUGUUUUCGUUGCGAGGUUUCACACUGUAUUUUGGGUACUUGGUACAAUUUGAACCACAGGUGCAGUUGUUACUCGCAGAACGUGAUAAACCAGUGUUAUCAGCUUGCUGUAAAGUUGCUGAAAAUCAGGAUCUUUCAGAUUGAUUCUGUGACGUUU